AUGCACAGAGUCGCUGAAAUCCUGGAAACAACGCCAGUCGAGCAAUGGCGGUGGGUCCCCUCGAAGCUGAACGUAGCAGACGGAGCUACAAAGAUCACCGACCAAACCCAGCAGAAGACGUGGAUAACGGGCCCUGGGUUCCUAAAAGCUGAAUCCAGCCAUUGGCCACUACCGACAAAGCAGGAGAGCAUCAUCGAUACUUCAGAAAUACGGAAGCAUGUGAUGACAACGCGUUCGAGAUCAGCGGUUACGUUCAAUGCGCACUGUUUCUCGAACUGGCGGCGGUUGUAUAGAGCAGUGGCGCUAAUACUCCUGUUCGUCGAUCGGUUACGAGCGAAAUUGGCCGAGCAAGACAUGCCAGCAGCCACGAUGAUGGCCCAUGUGAGCAAGGCGAAGAUGUUACUUUAUAAGCAAUCUCAAGCCAUCGCCUUCGCCGAAGAGUUGAAAGCCCUAUCCGUGGGAGCGGCGCUGCACAGAGGAAACAGAUUGGUCGGAUUGAACUCAUAUCUAGACAACGAUGGAGUACUGCGGACUAGAAGCAGACUGAACUCAAUUGACAUAGCUGAAGACGUAAUUAUACUAGCUCCAGGAUGCCGGAUAACUAACCUAAUAGUGAGAAGCUUUCACGAGAAGUACCAUCAUCUCGCUCACGAGACGGCAAUAAACGACAUUAAGGCUUCGUUUUACAUCAGCCGCCUCCGAGUGUUGUACAAAUCCGUGCAUAGUACAUGCUAUGAUACAAGAGCCACGGAAAAAGCCGUGCGAGAGCAGCUGAAAAAUAUCGAGCACGAUAAGAUCACCAUUAAGUUUGAUGGCAUAAAGUGGCGAUUCAACCCACCAGGAGCACCACACAUGGGUGGAGCAUGGGAAAGAAUCGUCCGGACAACAAAAGGAAUUUUGAAGAACAUUUGCCCAAACUACUCCUUCAAUGACGAGGGCCUGAGAAUCGCAUUAAUUGAGGCACAAUUUAUCAUCAACUCGCGACCGCUAACGUUCGUAAGUCUGGACACUGAGGAUGACGCCGCUCUGACUCCGAACCACCCACUGUUGGGGUCAGCGAAUGGAUACAAGCCACUGCCAAAAGAAGGGAUGUAUCUGCAGCGUAGAUGGAUUGAGACUCAGCGCUUCUGGGACCGUUUUUGGCAGCGAUGGAUGAAAGAGUAUGCGACCGUAUUAACCCGGCGUACCAAAUGGUUUGAAAAGGUACCUCCAAUAACCAUUGGGAGCAUCGUAGUCAUCGUAGAUGAGCUUCUACCCAGGAACUUGUGGUUAAAAGGACGAGUGAUUGAGACAAUGAUGGCCAAGGAUGGGCAAGUUCGACGAGUGACUAUAAAGACCCAGCACGGCGUUUUGGAACGACCAGCAACGAAUAUAGCUGUUUCGGACGUCGGCUUGGAGGAUGGUAACUGA